AUGGCUGCUUCAACUGCUGUUACUGCAAAUUACGUCCUCAAGCCACCUCCAUACCCUCUGGAUGCUUUGGAGCCGCACAUGAGCAAACAAACACUGGAGUUUCACUGGGGAAAGCAUCACAGGGCUUAUGUGGACAACCUCAAGAAACAGGUUCUUGGAACCGAGCUUGAAGGCAAGACCAUAGACCACAUCAUCCUCAACACUUACAACAAUGGCGAUCUCCUCCCUGCUUUCAACAACGCAGCUCAGGCUUGGAACCACGAGUUCUUCUGGGAGUCAAUGAAACCAGGAGGUGGAGGAAAACCAUCAGGAGAGCUACUUGCUUUGCUCGAAAGAGAUUUCACUUCGUAUGAAAAGUUCUACGAGGAGUUCAAUGCUGCUGCAGCAACUCAAUUUGGAGCUGGCUGGGCCUGGCUUGCCUAUGCAAAUGACAAACUCAAAGUAGUGAAAACCCCAAAUGCCGUGAAUCCUCUUGUCCUCGGGUCUUUCCCAUUGCUUACCAUUGAUGUCUGGGAGCAUGCAUACUAUCUCGACUUCCAGAACCGGAGACCAGAUUACAUAAAGACAUUCAUGAACAAUCUUGUGUCUUGGGAGGCUGUUAGUUCCAGACUUGAGGCUGCGAAGGCUGCAUCCUCUUCUGCCUAG